AAAAGUAUCAGAGAGAGACAGUUAGAGUCACUAGACACACUGCAGACACUGAAGACUGAGAAACUCAUCAGCUAACUGGCACUUAGUUAAGAUGGCUGGAGGAUGGUCACAGAUAAUGCCUGCCACAGAGGAGGUCCAGAGAAUGAUUGACCAGGUAACAUGUCAGAUAUUUACAGCAAACAGUUAUCAGGAACAAGUGGUGAAGAAAGGGAUGAACUAUUGCAUUAAGGUCGAAAUUGGUGGAAAUUGUCCCGGUUCUCUCUAUAUGUAUGUGUAUCGAGAACCAAAGCUAACGGAUACAAUCUGGAUACCACUCUCUGAAAUCUGUGAAGCAUCAACAUUGCCAUUCCCCCUGGACAAGAUAAAACAGCAUGCCGAGGACAGAACAGGGAAGAAAUAUGACAUUUUCAAAGGAAUAAAUUAUAAGACUCUCUUAACUCGGAAUGUUGGAUACACAAACUACUUCAUCAAGGUUCAGGUUGGCGAAGGCGAGGAAGACUAUCUCAUCCUGCGUGUGGCUUGUGCAGUUACCCUAGUAAGCAACCCAACUCUGACCAACCUGCUUGGGAACAAAACCCUCAGUGAUGACAUUGAGUACUUUGAAUGAUCUCUGACCUCUAACCUCAUCAAGUGCUUCUGAUGACCCUUGACCCAACUGAGGACAAACUUGAAAUUAUAUUUACCUGCUCAGUUCAAGACAAGAUCUGAUUGUACUACAUGAUUAAUAAAAAUAUGACAUUAUAAUAAAGA